AGGGUGGUCUAUUGGGGAUGGUUAUAUCAUGAAUUCUUUCCCUUUAUAUGCUGUUUAGAUGGCUACUUUGGCCUUGUGCAGCUCUCUUCUUUUCUUUCUUAUGGGUAAAACAAUUGUGGCACCUUAAUCCAUAGUGAUUGAUUUAUCUGAUUUCUUUCUUCAAGUGAAUUGUAAAGCGGGGAACUUGAUUCAUGUAGGAACCUGAGUAGUUUGGAGAUUAGGCUUACUUCAUCUGAGCACUUUAUAAAUUUUAUUUUUUGUCCUGUUUUUAAAUAUAUUUUUACAUGUUGCUUAGAUUAGUGGAGGAUUAGGCCAAACGGGUUUUGCACCUUGUGAAACAAUUUCUUUUCUUAAUAAAUAACAAGAAAAGUUUAUAAGAGCUAAUGAAGGAAGGUAUGGAUUAAAAAAAUGAAAAAUGAAGAGGAAAAGCCUAAGUGGACUGCGAGACUCUUUUUUGCAUUAGCAGCAGUGCUGGUCAUAUUACUGCUGAGGCACCAUGCUCCUGAUGAGGCUGCCAGAGCCAGGUACCAAAAGCGGGUCUCUAAUAUAAUUGAUGAUGUUUUGGAGUGGUCUCCAAAACUGGCUUUAUCUGGAAUGAUGGAGAAGCAGCAGACUGUGGUUAAUGCAACAGAGACCAACCACUCCAUGACAGGGAGUAAAACAAGUGCAAAUGGGAGUGCUUCAUCUGAAGAUGCAUAUAGAGCCACUAGUUCAUACCAAAAUGAAGAUGAAGAAGUUUUUCAAAGUGAAGGAGAUGAUCAUAUAUGAUCGCCAACUAUCAGAUACAAAGUGGGGCAACAUAAAAUGUCCACAGUAGCGCUGUUUUCUUACUAUAGAACAGUGUAAUGUAAUUGUAGAUCUAAUUGUUUUCCUCAAUAAAGCAAUUGAUCUCA